AUGUCCUCCCGUAGUACGCUCGAAUCCAAGACCGAAGAGUUGCGCACCGGCAGCAACGACAAGCACUGGAUGGCCAACCAGGAAAACAAGAGCAAGCUCGAGCAAGUCGCCGCCGCUCUAUUCCCGGGGAGUUCAGACAAGAAAGCGACAGAAGACCGAUCGAGGACUGAGGCAGCGGAUGUUCAGGGUGCGAGCCAGGUAGACGAGAAGGCGCGGCGCGAAGCUCGAGGCGCGAGUAGCAAGGCCGCAGAUGUCUUUAACGCAGCUGCGCGUCAAGGACAGCCCCAAGCAUCGGGGGACGCUCAGCAGUCCACUCCGAGCGCCGGUGGAAACGCACAAGGCGCUGGCGACGCGGUCGACAAAGCGGCGCAAGACGUGAGCAACAAAGCGGGAAAAGUCACUCAGAGCGCGAGCAAUGCCGUAGGAGAGGUCGCACAAGGUGUGAGCGAUACCGCCGGGCAAGUGACCGAGGGUGCAAGAGACGCUGCCAAGCAGGGCGUGAACGCCACAGCCGAUGCAGCGCAGGGCGCGAAACAGGGUGCCGGAGAGCUCGCGCAAGGUGCCAGCGACACGGCCAAGCAAGGAGCGCAGUACGCCAGUGACACGGCUCAGCAGGGCGCUCAGGUCGCGAGCGAUACGGCCAAGACCGGGGUGAAAGCGACUGUUGGUGCAACGGUUGGUGCGAAGGAGGGCGCACAGGAGGGCGCGAAGGAAGGCGCGAAUGCUUGA